GCCCGGAGGCCGGGGUGCCCCCCCCCCGCCCGGUUCCUGGACCCCCGGAGCCCUCAGAUCCCCCCCCAUAAGAUCCCGGGGAACUGUCCCUGGGCGCCAUGGAGCGGCAGCGGGAGGUGAAGGCUCUGCUGAAGCAGUGGGAAGCGGCCUUCCUGCAGGAGCGGCGGAGGAAGCCCAGCCAGGCUGACAUCCAGGCGGCUCCGGAGGACACCAGGCGGCUCUACAAGGAAUAUAAGAUGCUCAAGCAGCAGAGAGAGGGGGGGGAUCCCUCCCCUCUCAGCCCCUCCUGCCAAGAGACAGCCCAGGAGACCCCAACCACGGAGCAGGUACCGGAGAAAUGGCUCUACAAGGAAUAUAAGAUGCUCAAGCAGCAGAGAGAGGGGGGGGAUCCCUCCCCUCUCAGCCCCUCCUGCCAAGAGACAGCCCAGGAGACCCCAACCACGGAGCAGGCUCCAGACUCUGGUUUUUGGGGCGCACACCUGAACCGGCAACCGAAACCCCCCCAGCCGAGCCACCAUGGCCGCGCCGUGCUGAAAUCCUCAGUGCAAUAUUAUGGGAUGAAGCUCAAAUCCAACCUGGGAGCUGGUGGAAAGGAGACACCCCUGACCCCCAAAAGGACCCCCACUCCCAGGAGGACCUUGGCCGUCCCCAGACUGCGGACAAAUUUGGGGACAAGUGACAAAGCCACGUCCCCAGAGGUGGCGGUGGAGGCAUCGCAGGGCGAGGGAGAGGAGCCAGGAGAUCUCCUCCUUCCUCCCUCUGUGUCGGGGCUGGCCCCCCUCAUCCUCACCAUGGGGUUGAAGGCCCCCCCGACGCCAAAUAAAUUCCAGCAGCUGAAGCAGACGGUGGCACAAAGACUGGGCUCACUGGAUCCUGCCUGGCUGAGGAGAUGCCAGGGGACAUCUGGAGAUGAAGAAGGGACAACGCUGGCCCCUGCUCAGGAGCAGAGGGAGGUCGGAUGGACCCCCCCGGAGGAGGAAGAGGAUGGUGGGGGACCCUCAGUGGGAGAUUCCGGGAGGAAAAGGCCACGUGGUGGACACAGCGAUGGGGGAGAUGGUGUGGUGGUGGCUCCCCCAAAGCUCAGGAGGUGCCACCAAGGCACUGCCAACGGGCUGAAACAGAGCAAGGAGGAAGAAGAGGAGGAGGAAGAGCGCUUGGCAGCCCCAAAGGAGAGCGGGAAAGCCUCAGAUCCAUCAGAAAACCUCCUGGGGGAGUUUGAGGAGGAGGAGGAGGAGAAGCCCAGACCCACCCGCAAAGCUGUCCCUGCCAGAACAGCUCCGAAGAGAAGCGGCAACUUCGUCAGGCUUAACCUGAAGAGGAAAUCCCACGUCCGAGGGCAGGCUCUGCGGGGGAAUCGCCUCCGCAGGCAGGUGUGGAAGCAGAAGUGGCAGAAGAAAGCAGAAUCCUUCGGAGGAGGUGGUGGAUCCAUGGAGAGAAGCUCAGACGUUUGCUUUCGGUGCGGCGGGACAGGCCACUGGGCAUCCACGUGUCAGGGCCGAGAGCCAGCUGCUGGCUCGCUGCUGGAAGAAGGUGGCCAUGGUGAUGAUGAAGAAGAGGAAGAGGAGGCUCCCCUUCCCACACUGGAAGAGGUGGCUCGCAGGACCAACAGCGUUUGCUCGGAGCUCCUCGAGAGUGGAGGAAGCCAAGGGGAAGGAUCCCAGAAGAUUUUGGAGGUGGUGACUUCCCUGGAUGUGCGGAGACCGGCGUACGAGCCGCCCCCCACCCCUGCGCCCAUGGAGCCCCUCUACGCCCCGGGGCCGGAGGGGAAGGUGCAAGACACCCCGCAGGAGGUUUUUAAGGCUCUUCAGGCUUUGGGCUACAGCUCCUUCCGCCCGGGCCAGGAGGUGGCCGUCAUGAGGAUCCUCUCAGGCCUCUCCACCCUGGUGGUCUUAUCGACAGGGAUGGGGAAGUCCCUCUGCUACCAGCUCCCUGCUUACCUCUACCACAAGCGCUCCAAGUGCAUCACCUUGGUCAUCUCCCCAUUGGUGUCCUUGAUGGAUGACCAGGUCUCAGGGCUACCACCAUGCCUGAAGGCCGUCUGCAUCCACUCCAACAUGACCAAAAGCCAACGGGAAGCGGUGAUGGAGAAGGUUCGGCAGGGGGAGGUGCAGGUGCUUCUCUUGUCCCCCGAGGCCUUGGUUGGUGGAAGUGGAUCAGGAUUUGGCUACUUGCCCUCCGCCGAUCGCUUGCCCCCCGUGGCCUUCGCCUGCAUCGACGAAGCUCACUGCCUCUCCGAGUGGUCCCACAAUUUCCGACCCUGCUACCUGCGGCUCUGCAAGGUUCUCCGGGAUCGUCUGGGCGUGAGGUGCUUCCUGGGGCUGACAGCCACGGCCACCAUGGCCACGGCCCGGGACGUGGCCCAUCACCUGGGCAUCCCGGCGGAGGAAGGGAUAGCUGUGCGCUCCGCCGCCGUCCCCCCAAACCUCCGCCUCUCCGUCUCCAUGGACAGGGACAGGGAUCAGGCCCUCGUCUCCCUCCUGCAAGGGGAACGUUUUGGCUGCUUGGAUUCCAUCAUCAUCUACUGCACGAGGAGGGAGGAGACGACGCGGAUCGCGGCCCUCAUCCGGACCUGUCUCCAAGGAAUUCUGCUCAAGGAACCUUCCAGAACCGAAGAGCCAGGGCAGGAUGGUGCCCAAAAGAAGAAAACGAAGGCAAAGAGUGGCCGCCGGCCGCUGAAGUGGAUCGCCGACGCUUACCACGCCGGCCUCUCGGCCGCCGAACGCCGCCGGGUCCAGAAGGCUUUCAUGAGUGGCCAACUCCGCCUGGUGGUGGCCACCGUGGCUUUUGGCAUGGGCUUGGACAAGCCCGACGUCCGGGGCGUCGUUCAUUACAACAUGCCCAAAAAUUUCGAGAGUUACGUGCAAGAAAUCGGCCGGGCCGGGCGAGACGGUGAACCUGCUCAUUGCCAUCUCUUCCUAGACCCGGAGGGUGGGGAUCUCCACGAGCUGCGGCGUCACAUUUACGGCGACACGGUGGAUUUUUUCACCAUCAAGAAGCUGGUGCAGAAGGUUUUUUCUCCUUGCAAGUGCCUGGAGCUUCACCAGAAAAGCCAGGACGUCGUCAAGGGCUCUGAGGUGGUGGAUGCCCAGAUGGCCGAGCUCUUGGAGAAAGAGGAGAAGGAGGAGGAGAAAGAGGAGGAGGAGGAUGGUGGGGAAGCAGAGCGGGUGUGCUACAAGCACGAGCGAGCCAUCCCCGUCCAACAAACGGUGGAGUCCUUGGAUGUACGGGAGGAAGGGAUUGAGACCCUCCUGUGCUACCUGGAGCUGCACCCACGACGUUGGUUGGAGCUCCUGCCCCACACCUACUCCUCCUGCCGCCUGAUGUGCUACGGGGGACCCCGGCAGCUCCGGGCUGUGGCACGGAGUUGUCCCCCUGUCGCCGUGUUCCUGGCCCGGGAGCGUCUGGCAGGGAGGGAUCAUGGUGACACCAGCUCCUUGGAGUUUGACGUGGUCUCCUUGAGCGAUUCCAUGGGGUGGGAAGUGCCGCUGGUGAAACGUGCCCUGCGCCAGCUCCAGUGGGAUCCAAAGCUGCGUCAAGGUGGCCACAAGGAAGGGAAGAGCGGGGUCCUGGUGGAGUUUGCAGACUUGUCCUUCCACCUGCGGGCCUACGGUGACCUCAGUGACCAGGAGCUGGACACCGUCUGCGACUUCCUCUACCAAAGGGUGGUGGCCCGGGAGAAGACAGCUCUUGGCCAACUCCGUGCCUGCUUCCGGGCCUUCCAGAGCGUGGCCUUCCAGACCUGCCACCCUCACCCUGAGGACGAGGAAGAGGAGAGGAGCUCCCGCCUGAAGGCUCUGCUCAAGGACUACUUCGAGAAGGAGUCCCCUGAGCGUGGCUGCGAGGAGGAAGAGGAGCAGGAGGAAGAUCUCAACGCCGUUAAAGAGUGGGAGAGCCAGAUCCGCGCCGACGUCCGCCAUUUCCUCGCCAUCCGCCAGGACGAGAAGUUCUCCGGCAGAGCCGUGGCCAGGAUCUUCCACGGCAUUGGCAGCCCCUGUUUCCCUGCCCAGAUUUACGGCCGCGACCGCCGCUUCUGGAGGAAAUAUCUCCACUUGGACUUCCACCGCCUCGCCCGCUUGGCCACCCAGGAGAUCCUGGCCAGCAGGUUUUCCUGUUGAGGAGGUGGUGAGGGACCGCUGGUGGCCGGAGGGGACAGUGGGGACGUGCCAGUGUGUGUCCUGGGAUCAGGGUGGUCCCCACCCGCUGUUGUCCCCACACCAUGGCCCUGCCCUGGGCUCUGCUGCUUCUCAGCGAGGUCCUGGUGCAGGAUGCCACCACCCAGAGCUGCCUCAUCCCACCAGCUG